AUGAAAGUAAAAGAUGAGGAAGAAAAAGAAAUGAACACAUCACAACACGAACUGUUUGGACUUAAUAAUGAUGGAGUCCUCAUUUCAAUACAGAAACUGGGGACAACGAAGGACAAUGAAUGUUACACUAUCUUUCCUACAUCGAUUUUUCCUUGCAACGAGUAA